GCGUGUGAGUGAAAUAUCCUGAUAGUGAACGACUUUUCAUGGACUGAGCCGCUCGCACUUAGACCCCCUCAUCGCCUGCAGUAACCAGAAGUGAAUUGCAGACGACCCGGAAGAUGAGAUCUGCCUGAAACAAGCCCGAAGAUCAUCGCAACCCUUUAUAUAUAUAUAUAUAUUUUUAUAAAAGACCCUUUGCAAGCAAGGUCUGUAUGCAAGGAGCGAGGGUGGGAAGCUGCCAUGGCUGAACCUCGAUUCAACAACCCAUACUUCUGGCCCCCGCCUCCCACCAUGACCAGCCAGUUGGACAACCUGAUGCUCAUCAACAAGAUCAAGGAGCAGUUAAUGGCGGAGAAGAUCCGGCCUCCACACAUGGCCGGCUCCAGUGUCCAGUCCCAGCAGCAGUUGUUACUGCCGUCCACGUCCCAGGGCGGCCCAACGCCACUGUCCAUGCUGAAACCGCAAGUGUCCGAUGCCCACGGACAGAGCGGUCAGCCGGACAUCGCCCUGCACGCCCGCCCAGCCACCAGCUCUGUCACAGGUAUCUUGAACUGGCUCAGUUUGUCUUCGCCCACGUCCACGUGCGACACCAUCAGUGUGACCACCCCAUCCCUGGGCAGCCAGGGCCGCAGCGAGGUCUCGUCGCCCAGCCUGAUCACCGGCCUGGCCAGCCACCACGCCAUGGAGCCCGCACACUCCAGCAAGAACGGCCUGCUGCCCAGCGCCAUGAAGACCGAGCGCGGCAGGAAGAAGAUCAAAGGCGAGAACUGCAUCGGGCCGCCCGUCCUGGUGGUGCCCUACCCAAUCCUCGCCUCCGGCAACGAGCCCGUCAAAGAUGGCAAAACCUACAGGUGUAAGAUCUGCCCCCUGACGUUUUUCUCCAAGUCGGAGAUGCAGAUUCACUCCAAGUCACACACAGAGGCCAAGCCACACAAGUGCCCGCACUGCUCCAAGUCAUUUGCCAACGCCUCGUACCUGGCGCAACACCUGCGCAUACACCUGGGCGUCAAGCCCUACCACUGCUCCUACUGCGAGAAAUCCUUCCGCCAACUCUCUCACCUGCAGCAGCACACCAGGAUCCACACUGGCGACAGACCGUACAAGUGUGCUCACCCAGGCUGUGAGAAGGCUUUCACUCAGUUAUCCAACCUGCAGUCUCAUCAGCGACAACACAACAAAGACAAGCCGUACAAGUGUCCGAACUGCUACCGUGCGUAUUCCGACUCGGCCUCGCUGCAGAUCCACCUGUCCACACACACGGUCAAGCACACUAAAGCCUACUGCUGCAGCAUGUGUGGACGUGCCUACACCUCAGAGACAUACCUCAUCAAACACAUGUCCAAGCACACGGCAGUGGAGCACGCCAUCGAUUCCCACUCGCCGGCCAGGACGCAGUCGCCUAGUUGCCCCGUGCGCAUCUCAUUAAUCUAACCCCAGCCCUGCCUGUGUUGGGACUUGAACAAGUGGACAAUGGUGGCCAGGUGCAUUUUACAACUAGACCAGCCAAGCAGCUUUUCCUUCCCAACUUUGUGCUCUAGUGAUGUUUAUUCGGUUUCUGAGCAGCGGGCGUGGGCACCGGGAGCGGAGACCGCCAAAGACUACGUGCGUGCGCGCGCCCUCCCGCCAGCCAGCGCGGUGGCCAUGGGGCUGGACAACGGCAGCUGAGGCACUGAGGUACCCAAGAGCCCGGUAACCCCACGGUAACGGCACGAUCGCCAACAAUACCCCGUGUCUAUGAGCACCAUAGAUACAUGGCAAGACCAAGGAGGACAAGACAAUUAAGAGAAUUGAAUAGAUAUCGAAUUACUAAACAGUAUCUCAUUCUGUUGUUCCGUGAUAGUGUGACAUUUCUAGUUUUCAAUUAUCAGUUAUUAGCUAAUAUGAAUUAUUAUACUAAAUGUAUGGUAAAUCUUCAUGUGUUUAGUUAAGUCUUAGCCCUACUUAUAUCUGGCGCUAUAUACAGGCCUUGUUUAGUAUACACCCCAAUGUCCUGUCCACAACACCCCAAUGUGUAGCCUCACUGAAUGGGAAUAACAUGGACAACAUCAACAAGAGCAGGAAUAAAUCUCUGACAUGACAUCUGUUGCAACUUUAGAGUUCCCAUGCAUGGCAGGCGUGCACAGAUUGCAGGCGCGCUCCACCCAGUCUUGCUACUUCACUCCAGGGUCUCACAUCUGAAAUGCUGGAGUUAAAGCAGAGGGGGGAGGACAUUGGUUUUCUGCGGCAGUGUCUGAAGAAGGGUCCCUACCCAUUCCUUCUCUCCACCAGAGAUGCUGCCUGUCCCAGCAGAGUUGCUCCAGCAAUUACUAAUCUGUGAUGUACAUGCUAUGUCAUGGCAGUACCAUUCAUGUGUUCAAUUUGCAGGUUUUCUCAGCUGGGGUUUAUGUGAUAGGAGCAGAAUGAGGCCAUUCGGCCCAUCAAGUCUACUGCACCAUUCAGCCAUGCCUGAUCUAUCUCUCCCUCUCAACCCCAUUCCCCUGCCUUCUCUACAUAACCCCUGACACCCGCACUAAAUUGUCAAUCUCCACCUUAAAAAUACUCACUGACUUGGCCUCCACCGCCAUCUGUGGCCAUGAAUCCCACAGAUUCACCGCCCUCUGACUCGUCCCUGUCCCAUUAUGAUCGGGGUUUGAGACCCGUCUCUGCUGGACCGGCGUGAAGAUGUCAGCGUGCCACUAAUGUCGAUGUGUGUGUGUGUGUGUGUGUGUGUGGGGGCGAGGCGAGGCGAUGUUGGAACGAGUCCCGCACUGUCUCUGUUGUUGGGACCGAGAUCCAACCCUCUGCCCUGGUCUGUCCGUGCUUGAUAAUGGCAAGGGGCAGCAUGGAAACGGAAUGGCCUGCACUUGGUUGUGGCAGAGCGAGCCUCGGCUACACCACAUGGUAGAACUUCCCACUGACCCCUGCAGCCAUCCAGAUCCCAACGCUGUUAGACCCAGUCCGUUCCGUCAUGUUUAUCUUCAUCACGAUGCACGUGUUGUCCACAUGCUUCAUACUGUUGUUUCAGACAGAUUUAUACCACAGUCAAUGAUAGUCAUCUUCCCUUUAAUUUUUUAUAUAUUAUAUAUAUAUAUAUAUAAAUAUGUAGAGUUGAGUUUGGCCUCUGUAAUUGUAGAUUUAUCGUCGACUUGGCCCGUGCAGUCACUAAGCGGAUGUCCGUGUGGAACAGUGCGUGUGUGAAGGAGCUGUUGAGGGUUCUGGUCAAGGUGGAGAUAUGGGUGAGAUUGGACGUUGACCUCAUGCCUUGGGGUCAGGGGUCUCUGCUAGACCGGUGUGGAGGUGCCUGGUGUCAACGCCCAACGCCAGCUGGUCAUUGGCGUCAUGGUCAAUGGGGGGGAGAGGGGGUGACCCACAGCCAAUUUCGUUGGCCAGUUGCAUCUAGAUCUCGUCACUUCCUGUCCCAAGAAGCAGGUUCGAAUAGGAAUAGCCGGAGAAGGUUCUAGAAACAAUGACCUGUGAGAAUCUCUGCAUCGGAUAUGCGCUGGUGUGGGCGACUGGUGAUCAAACGGAGUCCUGGUGUCACCAUCGUUUGAUUCCUACAUCGCAAUGUUGGUGACCAGACAACAUUGGUGACAUUACAGUGGUGACGCGAUUCUGCCUCUGUGUUUGUGUCUGCUCAGCCUCAAUGCAAACACCCAAUUCUGAAGGAACUGCAGAUGCUGGUUUACCCUGAAGAUAGACACAAAGUGCUGGAGUAACUCAGCGGGACAGGCAGCAUCUCUGGAGAAAAAAGAAUAGGUGACAUUUUGGGUGGGAACCCUUCUUCAGACUGAAAUGUCACCUAUUCCUUCUCUCCAGAGAUGCUGCCUGUCCCGCUGAGUUACUCCAGCAUUUAGUGCCCACCUUGUACAAUAUGCAGCAUUUGUACUGUCCUGUGUAUGGUGUAUCUCUAUGGUGUUGCUGUGUGGAGCCUUGGAUCGGAUGUCACAUGUUAGAGGUGGAACCUCACAGCGCCAGAGACUUGGGUUCAAUCCUGACCUCGUGUGUGUCUGUGUGGAGUUUGCACGUUCGACCUGGGACAGCGUGGGUUUCCUCUGGGUGCUCCAGGUUCCCCCAUAUCCCAAAGACGUGUGGCUUCUGUAAAUUGCCCCUAGCGUGCAGAGAGUAGAUGAGAUAGUUGGAUAACAUAGAACUAGUGUGAAUGGGCGAUGGCUGGUCAGCACGGGCUCGAUGGGCAGAAGGGUUGUUUCCCUGCUGUAUCUCUGCACUAAACAUGGAGUAACAGUGGGACUGAGCCAGGAAGGGGAUUUAAUGUUAGACAAUGAAACACCAGUCCGAUAGCUACUGUAUUACUGAAUUCUUAUUUUUAUUACAUAGAUUAGUGGUGUAAGUGAUGUUUGUGUUGCCACAGGUACACAAAAAAAGCUGGAGAAACUCAGCAGGUGCAGCAGCAUCUAUGGAGCAAAGGGAAUAGGCAACGUUUCGGGCCGAAACCCUUCACACCUGGCCUGACCCCUGGGGAGGGAAUUAAUCGCCACGUCACCCCCACCCCCCACAGUGUA